AUGGCAAAGGGGCGUGUGUCAAGAACGGGCCUUGAGGCCUCAAACACGCCGUUGACAGCGCGCCGAGGGCUUUGGACGUAUGUUUGUCGCCCUGGCCGCCCGUUCGAAUGCUCGCAUGGCUGCCUUGACUUACGAACGGGACAGCCGGCUGCAGAGUAG